AUGGGAACUAAUCAUGCAAAAACUCGAAGUAAAAAAGGUGUGGUAUAUACAAAAACAGAUAAUGAAAUAGUUGAUUGUUUAUUUUGUCGUAUUGUACGUGGUGACUCACCACCUAAUGCACUAUGGUAUUCUGAUGAUAAAUGUUCAGUUUUCAUUCCAAGAGGUCCAGCUGCACGAUUGCAUCUAUUGGUAGUACCAUUAGAACAUAUUCAAAAUAUUUCUACACUCACAGAAGAACAUAGACCAUUACUUGAACAUAUGAAAAAAGUAGCGAUCGAACAAUUACGUGUUCAUUCUCAACGUAUCGGCUCGACUAAAUUUCCACUUUUAUUACCUUGUGCGCCGCCGCCAUCUCACUAUUUAUUUAAUCGCGGAAAUCUCUUAUCAUUAUCUACAUCAACGGACACUCCGAAAGAUGAUGACACAUCAAUGGAUUCGUCAUUUGUUUUUUGUUUUCAUCGUCCACCCUAUAAUUCAAUAGAUCAUCUUCAUUUACAUGCCAUUCAAAAACCGUUUCGAAAUCUCCGGAAUUAUAUUAUGUUUGCACCAAAGUCUCCGUGGCAUGGAUCAUUAGAGCAUGUACUUCGUGAUUUACCUUCACGAAAAUCUAAAUUGUGA